CGCCUUUUGUCCUUUUUAAAAUAUAAAUAUAAAUAUGUGCAAGUUAUUUCAAAAAAACAUGCGUUACUUCUACUACAGUUGAAGUCCAAUUUCCAAAUCUCCAAAUUCACCACUGUGCGAGGUAACACCAAUGGAAAACCCCACAAUUCAUCAGAUCAAACAGAACCUUGUCCGCCAUUGCAGAAUGACUCGAUCUCCAUCACUCGCAAAACCCUAGACCCAUUCUUCCCUCCAUUUCAAUGUCUCCCACAUUAAAGCAAAUCCUCUUCCUAUCCUUCUUCCCCUGCUUCUUGCUCUACAUCAUAUUCCUCCUCUCCCUCCGCCCCCGCGCCCAGUUCCGCCUGCCGCCCACCGUCCCUCCGCGCAACGGGCCGCCGCCCCGAAUAGCCUACUUUGUCUCCGGCACCAACAACGACGGCUCCAGGAUCUUCCGGCUGGUCCUGGCCGCGUACCAUCCGAGGAACUACUACCUGCUCCAUCUUGACCAGGCCGCGUCGGGGAGACAGAGGGACGAGCUCGCGCUGAUGGUGGAUUCCGUGCAGGUCUUUGCUGCCGCUGACAAUGUCAAGGUCGUUGGGAAGGCUGACGCCGUCAAUUGCGACGGAUCUUCGCCUCUGGCAUUGGUCCUUCACGGCGCUGCUGUUUUGCUCCGGUGGAGGAACGAUUGGGAUUGGUUCAUUAACCUCGAUGCAUAUGAUUAUCCUGUAAUUCCUCAAGAUGAUUUUCUCCAUGCCAUGUCUGUUAUUCCAAGGAGUUACAACUUCAUGGUGCAUAGUACAAAUGCCAGUUCACUAGAUUCCCAAGUGAUUAUGGAUAUUAUUGUUGAUCCUCGCCUCUACCUUCUUACAAAGGGGAAAAUGUUUACAGGCAACAAAAAACGUGAAGUGCCAGAUGCUUUUAAAAUACUUAUGGGCUCUCCACAUGUAAUUCUAAGCCGCAAGUUCAUUGAAUAUGCAAUCCAAGGAUGGGAAAAUCUGCCAAGAGUGCUCCUAUUAUACUUCUCAAACACCAGGGCUCCUCACAAAGGCUACUUCCAAACCCUCGCUUGCAACUCUAAAGAUUUCUCAAGCACCCUCAUAAACUCAAACAUGCGUUCCACCGUUUUUGACAGUACUUAUCAGAUAGACCUCACAAAGUCCAUAGUUUUAGAUGUCAAUGCAAUGCAGGGAGUUGCUGCUUUUGUUGAGAAUGUGUCCGGAGACAAUAAGUUAUUGGAUGUGAUUGAUUCGCAAAUACUUCAACGGAGCCAACGGAUGGUCUCGCCCGGGGGAUGGUGCUUGGGAUGGUCAGACUGGGGCCGGGACCCGUGUCUCCAAUGGGGCGACCCUCUAAUUCUCAGACCGGGGCCCGCUGCUGAAAGAUUCGAGAAACAUCUUCUGAAUUUGAUUGGGAAUGAGACAAUCGGGUCAAGCAGAUGUGAUCAAUAGCCGAUCUCCAAUUCGCCAUCAUACCUCUGGGUUUGGCGUCUCUUCCAUUUUUGUUUACUGGCUAUGAUUGAUCUACCGGAGAACACAAUUUUUUUCUUGUGGGUUGUGAGUUGUGACACACAAGUGGCAUGGCAAGUGUAUCAUGGAAAUUGUAGAUAAACCAUACUAGAAUGUAGUAGUCAAACAUUUAACAAACAUGGUGUAUUCUA